CACCGGUUGCCAUGGUAGCACCGCCGAGAGUAAAAGAAGGGUGGCGCUAGACGUUUCGGGCAGAGUGCGGCAGCUGCGGAGGACAAGGAGCUCUCCUUCUACCGCCAGUCUGACUUCUACCAAAAUGAGCGGUCUGGAUGGGGGCAACAAGCUCCCUCUCGCCCAAACCGGCGGCCUGGCUGCUCCCGACCAUGCCCCAGGAGAUCCGGACCUAGACCAGUGCCAAGGGCUCCAUGAAGAAACCGAGGCGACACAGGUGAUGGCGAACACAGGUGGGGGCAGCCUGGAGACCGCAGCUGAGGGAGGUGCAUCCCGGGAUCCUGUUGACUGUGGCCCCGCGCUCCGCGUCCCAGUUGCCGGGAGUCGCGGCUGUGUGGCGACCAAAGCCGGGCAGGAGGAUGCUCCACCUUCUACGAAAGGUCUGGAAGCAGCCUCUGCCUCCGAGGCUGCUGCUAACAGCCAGAAAAAUGGCUGUCAGCUUGGAGAGCCCCGUGGCCCUGCUGGGCAGAAGGCUCUAGAAGCCUGUGGCGCAGGGGGGUUGGGGUCUCAGAUGAUAGCCGGGAAGAAGGCCAAGGAAGUGACGACUAAAAAGUGCGCCAUGUCAGCAGCGGUGGAAAAGGAGGGAGAAGCAGGGGCGGUGAUGGAGGAAAAGAAGGUAGUGCAGAAGGAAAAAAAAGUGGCAGGAGGGGUGAAAGAGGAGACACGGCCCAGGGCCCCGAAGAUCAAUAACUGCAUGGACUCACUGGAGGCCAUCGAUCAAGAGUUGUCAAACGUAAAUGCCCAGGCUGACAGGGCCUUCCUUCAGCUUGAGCGCAAGUUUGGCCGCAUGCGAAGGCUCCACAUGCAGCGCAGAAGUUUCAUUAUCCAGAAUAUCCCAGGUUUCUGGGUCACCGCCUUUCGAAACCACCCCCAGCUGUCACCUAUGAUCAGUGGCCAAGAUGAAGACAUGCUGAGAUACAUGAUCAAUUUGGAGGUGGAGGAGCUUAAGCACCCCAGAGCAGGCUGCAAAUUCAAGUUCAUCUUUCAGGGCAACCCCUACUUCCGAAAUGAGGGGCUCGUCAAGGAAUAUGAGCGCAGAUCCUCUGGGCGGGUGGUGUCUCUUUCCACGCCAAUCCGCUGGCACCGAGGCCAAGAUCCCCAGGCUCAUAUCCACAGAAACCGGGAAGGGAACACUAUCCCUAGUUUCUUCAACUGGUUUUCAGACCACAGCCUUCUAGAAUUCGACAGAAUUGCAGAGAUUAUCAAAGGAGAACUGUGGCCCAAUCCCCUACAAUACUACCUGAUGGGUGAAGGGCCCCGUAGAGGAAUUCGAGGCCCACCAAGGCAGCCAGUGGAGAGCGCCAGAUCCUUCAGGUUCCAGUCUGGCUAAUCUCUGUCCUGUGAGAAGCUUCUGCACAAGUUUCCUUACCACCUCCUCUUGGACCUAUGCUUGGCCAACAGCAUGCAGUCUUCUGUCUGCUUUCUCUUCAUACUGCGGAUUAUCUUUUCCUUUGGUUCUUCUAAAUCUUCAGUAAUCAGUUGUAAGAUUAUUGGCUUACCUGCCUAUGCCAUUCUUCCUCUGGACCUUCAUGCUUUUCUGCAUUGUGUUAACAUGUUUCAAGUGCAUGGCCUUCUACGGCUUCUAUGCCAAACAUAUGAUACUAUAGAUGUACUGUACCAUACUGCUUUUCUUUGCAUGGCUUGGACCCUGUCUGUGACCCUGGUCUUCUCCCAGUUUAAGUGGUUCUGUGCCACAAAGAAUCUUGAUACAUCUUCACAAAUAACUGACUGGGCUUCAUACUUUAUGCUGGCUGUGUACCUGAUACCCAUGUACUUAUGGUAAGCUCUUUAGGUAUUACCACUGCAAGACAAAACUGGUAUCUUAACACAGCUGUCAACCCAAAUUGGACAUUCCAGACUACCACCAACUGGAUCCCAGCUGCCUUCCUGGGCUUGUGCCAUCCACCCUACUGGUUAUCUGGUAGAACAAGCUGGUGGCUGGUGGGUGACUGCUAGGCAUGAAUGAGGUAAUAGAUGAAAAGUGUUCUAUGAUAUCACAUUGGUGUUCCUGUACCUUUGGUUACUCUACAUCAUGACCAGCUACUGCCUAUGACAAAAUUGAUGUUUACAGGCCUGCUUUUUGCUUAUAAUUGACAACAUGUGCAAAAAUACCAAAUUUGUGUCCUGUGCAGUAUGAAGACUUCAGUGAAUAUUCAUUAAUGUAUUAGCUUGUUCUCUCUGUUCAUAUAUGGCUCUAUUCUUAGAAAUAUAAUUUGAAUGUGAUCUUUCAGUAGUCUGAAUAUUUUACAAAUUGUUGCUAUGUCUUGUGAAAAUAACCUCAAAAAGAAAAAUAUGACUCUGUUGUCUUACUUGAUAUUUCUUGCCCUAGUAAUGUACUUGACAUUUAUGUUCCUAAGCAGUGUAAGUACUAGUAGAAUUUCUUUGUCAAACUCAAUGAUGAUUAUUAGUACUUUUGUCUUCUCCCAUGUGCUUGAAGGAAAAAUAAAGUGUCACUACUGUAUUUCUUGUUUUCAUCAAAAAAUAAAAAUAA